AUGUACGCUGCGUGUGUUCUGAAAGAAGAUGGUGAACUUAGUUAUAGCGGUCCAACGUACAUUGCCAUUCGAUCAGCUAAACAUGAUUCUUCUACAUCACAAAAUCAUGCCCUAGAUUUUGAACGUCUCAUUUCUUUAUCUGAAUUUCAGCGCGUCUGUUUGAACGGUAAUGGACAAGUUAAGCCAGUUGUUAUUAUUUCAGUCGAUGGAGGACCUGACGAAAAUCCACGUUUUCCAAAAACAUUGAUCUCUGCAAUACACACGUUCAGAAAACAGCGUCUCGAUGCAUUGUUCAUUUUGACAUACGCACCAGGAUAG